UAUAUCCCUUUCCAGCAGAUUAAUACGUAUGUUCCUUGUGCUGAUACGAAAACAACAUAUUCACCUCAUCUUAUUCCGCUGAUGAUGUUGUUAACUCUGAUGUUGUUGGGAAUAUUAACGUCGGCUGAUUCACUCGCCUUCAUGGACGAAUCGCACUACGGUGUUUCUGAUGUGGUGGACCCAGUGUUAAUCCAUUCUGCCCAUAUACGUCGUGAAAGAUCCGCCACGCACAUGCCUGAUAUUCUCCACUUCCGGUUUGAACUCUCUGAUACAGAAGUUUCACUAAAUUUGACACGGAGUGAACGAGACAUAGAGAGUUACCCUGUCUAUCUGACCGACGAACGUGGAUCAACACUUCAAACCGAUUUGCCGCUACAUGAUAACACUGCUGUUUAUCGUAACUCCCUACAAGGAUCAGCCGCCAUCAUUACGCGAAAGGAGGCGGAUGUUUAUCAACUGGCUGGGACAAUCCAUCACAACAACCAGACGUACAAGAUCUGGCCAAAGAAACAUCACGUUUACAAGCGCCAGGCAUCCGAAAGCAGAAACCAGCACAUGGUGGCCCAGAUUGUGUCCUUUGAUCUGACAAAUGACACAGUGGACCUUCAGCUUGAAACUCCUUUCAGUGUUGGAGGCAAUCCGGCAAAUGUAGAAGGCACUCCGUCAAGCGUACAAGACAGUCCUUCAAAUGUACAAGGCAUUUCAAACGAGCAUGUUCAAUAUACCGUGGAGCUGGCUAUCUUCCCGGAUUUCACUGACUAUACUAUCUUCCUUGCUUCCGCCGAGGGCAACACGACCGCCACCAUCUCCAACAUGAGAUUGUACUAUGCCUUCGUGCAGGAAAUGAUGCAGAUUCGAUAUGAUACAGUGAACGCACAGGACCCUUCAAUCUCCAUCACUGUCUGGAUAAAGUACAUCAACAUUGCCACGUCCGCCGCUGGAUCUCCUUGGACCGAGACCACAAAGAACGGAACCGUUGUACCCGCUGUACCGGCUCUCCUUGAUCAUGUACAAUUCCUCUCUGCUAACGCCCCUAUGUCAGCCGACGCCUAUAUGAUCUUCACAAGGUAUGACUUGACAUUAAGGGGAUCUCCCGUAAUAGGUGUGGCCGCUGUUGAUGCUCUGUGCACAGACAUCUCUGUAAGCAUUACCCAAAACAUACCUGGUGGUACUGUCGGGAGUGUUGCAGCUCAUGAACUUGGACACAUCUUGGGUUUACAACAUGACUCCGACAUUGGAUGCAACGAUACCGACCGCUUUGUAAUGGCUGCUUCAUUAAGUAUCGCCUCUCCACAAGCUCCAUCUAAUCCCUGGACCUUCUCGUCAUGUUCUGUGGAGACUUUAAAGACUACUCUAUCUACUCCUCAAAGCGCUUGUGCUCUCAACACCUCAAUAUCCGGUUCUAUUCUUUCAACGGACGGACGACGUGCAGGUCAAACGAUUAAUAGCGAUCAGCAGUGCGUAGCAGAACGGGGACCUCAGUCGUGGUUUUGCAGGGCUGUCUCACCUUACGAAAAUGGAAACAAUUUUGAGUUGAUGUGUCGGGUUCAGUACUGUUUUGGAGCAGGAAACCUGUGCUACGGGAGGUUUCCCUCAGAACAUACAUCAUGUGGCGAUAAGAAGUGGUGUGAACGUGGGGUGUGUGUCUCCAAUGCUGCAGCUCCAGCAAAAUCAGCCAAGUGUCCUCAAGGGGAUCGUCCGGGGUAUGGUUGUCAAGCGUCUAAAUGCGCGACCUACGCAGCAUUCCAGCUGCUGUUGUGUUGUGCCACGUGCGCUGCACAGAUUCCUCAGAAAACGACCACAGUGAGAUUCGUCGUCUUCCAAACCUUGCCAGGGGUCCAAUUAUUUGGUUAGGCAAACCAAUUAAUCGGAUGACAUACUUCAGUCAAUCUGUAGACUGUAUUUAGAUAGUAAUCAAGGAAGUUUUGAAAUUCUGCCAUGAUGUGUGACACAUUUAACUGUAUUUGCAAUAUUAUUAGGUGUUAUUAUAUUGGUAUUGCUCUCAGUGGUGUAGAUAAAGUCAUGAAUUUAACUUCCUCAUAUUUGUGCAACUAUUCUUCUGUGUCGUGUAAUACAGGCUCCUCAUACUUCAUAUAAUUUGUAAAUGUCAGAUGCAAAUGUUUCUGUGACGUACACAAGCACUGUGUUAAAGGAUAUAUCAUAUGUUAUCCCUGUUGUGAUGAGUCUUUUAUCGGUACAGAAUGAUGCCAGUGUUACCUUCGAAUUCAUGACUGAGUGGGACUUGUUUGUUUCUUACUUGUCGCCACGCUCGGCAAUAAAACAGCUGUUUGGUGGUGGUAUGUGAAUAGACAAAUAUGGAUCCGACAAUCCAGCGAUUGAUAUUGUGAGCAACAAUUCACACCGUUGUGGUACGAUGACACACAAUCAUGAAGUCACCAAACCUAAAUAGUCGAUCGAUUAAGUCAUACCUUACAACCAGCAUGGGUUGCUGGGGACAAAUUCUAACCAAGAAACCAAACGAGGGUAACUUAACGUCACUUUGGAAAGUGAGGUCGGUUGUAAUUUUAAAGAACAACUUAACUGAUUUAUUUAUUUCUGUUAUUUUGACAGAUCAGUUGAGAGUAUUGAUAUAAUUCCAAAAUCUCUUGAUGUGUGACACAUUUAUAUAUCAACAUAUUAUUUAAUAUAAUAUUAUGGGUUCAAUCGUCUUUUCGUAUGUUUGAAGGUCAGUGUUUUGGAUAGUUAGACACAAGUACAAGAAGUGAUUUUGUCCAAGCUCAAUGAUUAUGAAUAAAGACAUAUACUUCAGAAUCAUUAUUGUAUAUACAAAUUCAAUAUGUACUAACGGAAAAAGGAAACUGUGUUUCAUAUGAAGUUCAAUGGAAAUAAAUUCAUUCUGAAAUUACAUAAUGCAUUUUGUAAUAUUCUUCAAGACAUCCCGACUUUAAGUUCGUGAUAGACAAUUUGCACAUGCAUGUUAAUGCACGGCGCACAAUUAGGAAGUUUGCGUGUUUGAUGGGA